AGAAAUUUUCGUCUCGGUUUGAUUGGUUUCGAUCCAGUAUUUUAUAUCUCCGAGAAAUGAAGUAUAUCACUGCAUCCAUACUUCUGUCUUCAUUUCUCUUAACAUCUUGUACUUUGGAGCAUAUGUUCGAAGAUGAUAUUAGUGACACAUUUGUACCAAAAGUAAGAGGAGAUGGAGAUGUUAUUAUUUUGGAUCUUUCAAAUAUCGAUCAUGCAAAUGGAGCUGAAAUUCCACGAAACUUGACUGAAGAGGAUACGAAAAUUAUUCCAACCCAUAUUGAUUUUGCAGCUCUGAAAGAAGCGUAUGCAAAGGAAAACAAAGCUGAACGAUUUUUACCGUCCCGUUUGUUUUUUGGAGAUGAUGAUACUGAUAAGAAGUGACACAUUUUAAAUAACCCAUUUAUGAACUUAAAAUUGUAUUAUCCAUGUAGAACAUCGCAUUCGGAAGUGAAUAAUAAAAAACAUAAAGCUG